UCUAGUAUUCGUAAAUAAUAAAACGUUACAGCUUCUUAUUGGCUUUUCUGUAUCUUUCAGGACGUCAUCAUAGUUGAAUAUUUUUAUUCUGGUGAUCAACCUGUCAGGGCUUGUGACCUUGAAAUCGGGAGCGAGCAAUCUUUUCGGCGCGCGUGUGCAUGGGAGAUUGAUAUGUAAUGGUUGCUGCUGGUUGCUGCUAAGUAAAUGUGCUAAGUAAAUGAAGGCAGGGGCAUUUGGUUAAGCGUAUGGAGGAGGAUUUAGCGAUGCGUUGAAACAAAGUAUUCUGCUUUUUCGUCGUGCUGUCUCAGUCUCAGUCUCCCAAAGUUCUACCGGAGCGAAGAUGUCUCAAAUAUUCAGUUCAAUUCGAUAUUUCACUACUGGCAGAAUAUCUUCCAAGGUCGAGGAGGCACUGGAGAAUGGCGGUGCCAAGAAGGAGACCUACUUCACUGACUACACGACGCACCUGAUUGUGGGCGAGUCUCCCGACGAGGAUGUCGUCAACGAGGCACACGACCUGUACGAGCGGCCUGCCCUGCGGGCGAUCUGGGUCACUCUGUCGGCUGCCGCCGGAAAACUACUGCCUCUGGCGGCGUUCAAUUACGCCCCGGGCCAGCUGUUCCGGGGAGUGCGAGUCUGCUGCAGCCGACUGGAGCGGGAUGACGUGCGCCUGGUGUGGGCCCUGGUCACCUACCACGGGGGAGCGUUCCAGCGCAACCUCACACCCGCCUGCACCCACCUGGUGGUCGGCGAACCCGAGGGCGCGAUGUACGCGCGCUGUCUGGAGCCGGGCGGCCCGGUGCCGGUAACACCCGACUGGGUGACUAGUUCGGCAGCUGAGGGCGCGCUGGCCGAGGCGGCCGCCUUCCACCCGCGUCUGCUGGUGCCGCCGCCGCCAGCCACGCCGCCCCCGCCGCCGGAUCCGGCGCUGGCAGCCAUCACGGGAUUCGGGGAGGAGGAGGACCGCAAACCGAGCGGCGAGCAGGAGAAACAGCAGCAGCUGGCACUGCUCAAACAGAACCUGCCCUGGAACCAGCCAGAAAAGCCGGCGGCGCCCGCGACCUCGGCCACCCCACCGUCGGUUUCGACCACACCCCCGACGGCCGUGGUGCGCCCGGUCGGAUCCGUGCCGCAGGCGGUGGCUGGGGUCCGUCAGAUGACGCCCAGGAUGGUGGUGGCCGGUCAGAUGCAGCGACUGCCGGUCCAGCUACAACAACAGAUUCGGUCUCCCCUGCAGCCGCCGCACGGGAGGCCGCAGCAGCUGCAGCAGCUGCCGCCCGGACAGCAGCCGCGCCCGCAGCAGAUGAUGCAGCAGCAGCAGAUGGUGCAGCUGACGCCACAGCAGCGCCAGCAGCUUCUCGCCCAGCAGCGCAUGCGCACACCGCAGCAGCAGCAGCUGAUGAUGGGCCAGCAUCCGCAGCAAAUCAUGACCUCGCAGCAGCAGAUAAUGACGUCACAGCAGCAAGUGAUGACAUCACAACAUCAGAUGAUUACGUCCCAGCAGCAGGUGAUGACCUCCCAGCAGCAGAUCAUGUCUCCGCAGCAGCAGCAGCAGCAGCAGAUAAUCACAUCCCAGCACGGCCAGCCGCAGCAGGUGCUGGUGUCUCAGCAGCACGGUCAGCAGCCGCUGGGGCCGCACGGCCAGCACCCGCAGCGCGUGCUCACCUCCCAGCACCAGCAGCAGCCGCAGCAGCACGUGAUCCUGGCGCAGCACCCGUCAGGCGGGCAGCAGCAGUUGCUGCGCCACCCGGGCCAGCAGCACUUUAUCCAGCGCCAGCCUCUGUACUCGCAGGCGCAGGGCGGAGUGAUGGGCGCGCAGACGUGGCGGCCGCCGGUGCAGCAGGCGGACGGCCAGCGGCUGCCCGGGCCGCCCGGCCAGCAGCCGCCGGCCGGCCAGCAGCGACCCGGCUGGCACGAGGAGCAGAUCGUGCAGACGCACCAGCAGUGUCUGGUCAACCUGGACCCGCAACAGCGCCAGCAGUACCUGGAGCGCAUGGACCCGCAGGACCGCAACAUCCUCAUCAGCCACUUCCAGCGGCAGCGCGCCCUUCAGCAGCAGCAGCAGCAGCAGCAGCAGUGGCAGCAGCGGCCCGGGAUGCAGCCGGGCAUGGCCGGCCAGCAGCUGCGCCAUCCCAUCCAGCAGAUACAGGGCGUGGCCCGUCCGGUGCGGCCGGGGAUGCCGCUGCAGAUGCCGGUGGGCCAGCAGCCGGCCGGGACCCGACUGGUGACGCAGAUUACACGGCCGCAGGGCGCACCGGGACAACAGAUGAUUCAACAGGUUCGUCCGGCGCAGGUGGCCGCCACCUCUGACGCCCAGGAGCCAAUACAGCAGCAGGUGCAGCAGAACCUGGAGAAGAUCAGGCAGUCGAUGGCCGCGCAGCAGCAGCAGCAGGCCCAGCAGCAGCAGCAACAACAGCAACAACAGGCGCAGCAGCAGGUCCAGCAGCAGACGCAGCAGGGACAGCAGCCUCAGCAGCUGCAACCGGGACAGCAGCAGCCACAGCAGGUUCAACAGCAGGCUCAGCAGCAAGUGCAGCAACAGCUGCAGCAGCCUCAGCAAGUCCAGCAGCAGCAACAGCAGCCAAUACAGCAGGUACAGCCCCAGCAGCCGCAGCCGCAGCAGCACCCGGCGAGCCAGCCGCAGCAGCCGGGGAUGCAGCCCCAGCUGGUGCAGCAGCGUCAGCAGGUGGUGGUGCAGGGCGCAGCCGGUCAGCAGCUGCGCCAGCCGCUGCAGCAGCCGCAGCCGAACGUGCUCAGCAUGCAGCAGCAGCUGGUGCAGCGUCAGCAGGCGGCGGCGGCGGCGGCCCAGGCAGCCGGCGGCCAGCAGCUGCUGCAGCGCCAGCAGAGCGGCCCUACACCAUCUGCCAGCGGUGCGGGCACCCCGGGCCCCCCGCAGCACCUUCUGCUGCGGCAGCAGAGUGAGCCGGCCGUGCUGCAGCCGGGCCAGCGGCUGAUCCAGGUGGGCGGUCAGCAGGUGGUGCUGCCGCAGGGACAGCCGCUCACCGCAGAGAUGAGGCAGCACAUACUGAACAGCCAGCAGAACCUGGUGCAGCCCAAGACGAAGACGGCGCUGGCCAACCUGCUGAACAACCGACUCUCGAGCGGCCCGAUGAGCGGUUCCUCCACCCCGGAGACCCCUGGCACGCCUGUGAUGACCACACCUCCACAGGGCGCGGUGGCAGGGGAGCAGCCGCGGCCGCAGCCGGCCGGGCCGGCACAGAACGUGGCGACCACGGACGGCGCUGCCGCAAAGCUGUCCGCCAUGCAGCUGGGUGCUGCGGGCGGCGCCUCCACUCCUCCGACCGGUUACAGAAUGGGCAUCAGUCCUCAGAAGGCCACCCAGCAGCAAGCCAACCGGAUACAGUACUAUGGACACGACCCCAACCUGAACCUGCCGCCGGACCUCUGCCUGCUGGGCUGCGUAUUCCUGGUGGCCGACUACCAGCACUGCACUUCGGUCGAGGAUCUCAAGAGCUGGUGUAAGGUGAUCGCCCAGUUCGGAGGCGAGGUGGAGCAGACGUACAGCCCGCGCGUCACGCAUAUCCUCUGUCUGCAGCUGAAGAACCCCAUCGUCCAGUCGGGGAUGCGGGACGGCAAGCGGUGUGUGACGGCCUACUGGCUGAGCGACGUCCUCAUGCAGCACAGGGUGACGCCCCCGACACAGGCGAUCCACCUCCCGGUACCGUACAGUGACAGUGACAAACCCGGUAAGGAGAUGAUAAUCAGCAUCUCGGGCUUUGAGGACAGCGAGAGGCAACGCGUGAAGCGGAUGAUUGAGGGCUGCGGGGCCAUCUAUACCGGCUACCUGACCAAGCACAACACACAACUCAUCUGCCGCAAACCGGAGGGUCCCAAGUACGCCAAGGCGCGCGAGUGGAAGACGCCGGUGGUGAACCUGCACUGGCUGAGCGAACUGCUGUUGGGAAACCAGAGCGUGGCGCAGCUGACCGGCCACCAGAAGUACCAGCAGUUCAGCCUGGAGGACCCGUUCCGCAUCGACUACAACCUGGUGCCGCACCUGAUGGCCGCCUGGAAGGCGCCCAUCAUCGUGACGCGAGAGAUCUGGAGCCGCUUCAAGGAGAACCCUCCGCCGAGAAACAAACGCAAGAUGCAGGAGAUCGAGGCGGAGCGCUCACUGAAGAAGACCACGCUCUCUCCGUGCCUGUCGGAGCCGGCGCCGGCGCCGACAGAGUCAGAGAACGGGCCGCGGGUGCUCUUCUCCUACAGCUCGGCACCGGGCCUGACCGAGAUCGUGCGCCGCCUGGGCGGUACCGUGGCGUCCGGCCCGGCGGCCGCCACCCACCUGGUGAUGAGCCGCCUCCAGCGCACGGUCAAGUUCCUGAUGGCGCUGCCCACCUGCUCACUGAUCGUGUCGGAGCGGUGGCUGGAGGAGAGCGGCCGCGCCGGCCGGUUCCUGCCUGAACAGCAGUUCCUGCUGGCAGAUGAGGAGUUCGAGAAGAGGUUCAACUUCUCGCUGGGUGCUACACUGGCCAAGACGGACCGACGCAACCUGUUCAAGGGGAUGAGUUUCUUCAUUACUCCGGGCGUUGUCCCGAGUAAGCGGAUCCUGGCCGAGAUCAUCCACUGUUCGGGCGGCACUGUCGAGGAGAAGAUGCGUCCGCUGAAGGCUCUGAAGGAGGCGCGUCAGCAGAACCACUACAUUAUCACCUGCGAGGUCGACCUGCACCUGAUCGACGACAUAUACAUGACCGGACUGCCCAUCUACAACGCCGAGUUUGUGCUGAGCGCCAUCAUGCGUCAGAUGAUCGACUACACGCGCUCCUGCUACGUCCGGUCCGAGCAGUAGUGGCCCCAAGAGCCGGCGGAGGCGAUGGAGGUUGACGGCGGUGACGACGGCGGCCACCACGCUUGGCCGGACGGCAGCGCGAGGGCCGACCCUGCCGCCGACGACGGUGGUGGGGAUGGGGGAGACGCUGAGAGCGAAGAAAUCUCAAACGGUGGUUCUUGUAGUGAGCUCGGGACGUUGUGGCGUGUGCCGGGUGGACGCCAGCCGCCGCAGGUUGGAGAGCCGGUGGGUGUGGGUGCCGUGCGCCGACACCGCCCUCUGCCCAGCUGGAGCACCUUUGGGCGUGGUGAGGCGCCCACGAUGCCGGUGCAGAGGCCACCGACGGUUCCUCUGGAUGUGGUGUAUCCGAAUCUGCCUGUGUUGAACUCCUGCGCGGUGGAAGAGGAGCUAUUGGUGCAUGGCGGUGUCACCCAGCCACCACCGCCACCGCCUGCGCCGCGGCCGCCACCCCCGGCCUACCGACCGCCCAGCGCGGGCAGUGGUACGCGGGGCGGCCGCGGAGCGAACGGUAGAGCACGCGGCGGCAGACGUUUCGUGGAACUCACCCCUGCCGCGCACAUCAAUGCAAUCGCCAGGCAGUUGAUGGCCAGCACGAAAGAGGCUUUCGGCGUCGACUGGGAUGACGUCGGGGGCACCCGCGGCGAACGGUCUGAAGGGACCGGUUUUAGUACAAAAACUGUUCAGGAGGACACCCGACGCAACGGCGCGGGUGAGCGGCACAGCACAGUACCUGAACACGGAGCAGAGUCGGCUCUGCACGGCGGCGACGCCCGGUAUAAUGUCGCUGCCGACACGGGCGACGCGUCUUCGAUGUUGAUGACGCCGGCAGCGGCAGCGGUAGAGGCGGUUUCUAGCGAUGAUGUCUGUGGCGGCAGCGGCGGUGCUUUAGAUUGGACACAAGAAGGGCGUAGAGACGGCCAGCUUCAUGCUGCUCUUGUCGAUUCGAUAAGCGAUGAUGCAGCUGUAAGUGUUGAAAAUAAUUAUGUGACCUUGUGUUCUACCUCAGUGGGCGAUGGGCAGCGGAGUGACGUUAACGCUUUGAGAGUGUAUGCGUCUAAAAAUGGUGCGAGUAGAGGGAGUGGCUCAGACACUAUCACAUUGUAUGCUUCUGUAGACGCCGGAGGUGAAGUUGGGGUGGCUCGCGGGACGGCCGACCUCAGCAUCGCGGACAGUGAGACGACUUCUGCUUCGGAGGGAGAGGAGUGGCGAAGAGGGGACCAAGAGGCUGCCAUGUCGAUGCUGAGCGAAGGCGGCGCUUGGACCAUGAGCUCCACGCUAAGCGAACUAGCGGCCUUAAAAGCGGGAGGUUCUGAUGUAGUGGCAGGGAGUUCCAGCGUUGAAGUUGCCGAUGCCGAACCGGUAGGCUGUGGGGAAGGCAAGUUAGCAGCGCCUGAGAUGGUGGCGACCACGAUGCCGGUCGGUGGAUCAGAAGUGCCAAGUGAUAAUCGCUCGGCCUGGGCGAGAAUGCUGGAAGACUGCCCUAGUGCUGACGUGAAAGUGGAACCGUCAGACGACUCUGAGACACCCUGGUCUCAGUCGGCCUCGAUGGACCCAGUCGGUGCUCUGCUGAGCUCACCAGGGACUGGACACAGAUCGACUUCGCCUAGUCCUUCAGACACGCCGAGCACAGCAGUUAGCCAGGAUUCAGAAAAACCAGAGUCGUCGGAUCAUCACAGCACGGACCGGUCAUCAAGAAAGAAAAGCAGCAAGAAGAAGCGGAGGCGAACGCCCAGUAAAUCUGACAAGACCAAGAGCUCCUCGAGGGACGCUGCGGGGACAGUACGCACCACGCCAACAAAGAAGUUGGGUGAGUCCAGCUCUUCUGGACGAAGCCAACCAUCCUCGGAGAAGGCGCGGAAGGACUCGCCAAGCUCUGGUCAUCGCUCUCGAUCGAAAACCAAGCAUGAUUCGAAAAACGGUAGGACGACUCCACAAAAGUCAUCUAAGGGCAAAUCCUCUCCACGCAAACCCUCGUCACACAGAUCCUCUUCGUCCAGAUCUUCUUCGCAAAAGUCAUCUUCACACAAAUCCUCAUCUCACAAGUCCUCACAAUGUUCAUCUCUGCGCAAGUCCUCUUCACACAAGUCUUCUUCACAAAAAUCCUCUCCGUGUAAGUCAGCUUCACAGAAGUCCUCUCCUCCCAAGUCAUCUUCAAAGAGAUCGUCUCCUCGCAAGUCGUCUGCGCAAAGGUCCUCUUUCUCCCAUAAGCCAUCUGGAAGCAAGUCUUCCUCGCAAAAACCCUCUCCCGGCAAGUCCACGCCGUGUAGGUCAUCUCCGCGCAAGCCAUCUUUCCAAAAAUCUUCCGAAAAAUCAUCAUCUCACAAGUCCUCUUCGCAUAAGACAUCUUCACAGAAGUCUAGUGUUCCGACUCACGCCAGGGAUAAGGGUUCUCCUAGUGUUAAAAAACACUCUAAAACCAAAGACGACGCUAAGAAUGGCAAGACAACGCCACACGCGUCCUCUGAUUCGGGGAGCCAUCUGUCAGCCUUUGAUAAGCUGUUACUAGACUCGUCCAGCCCGAAGCAACGCCCGAAGCCCAAAGCUACGGCAGCGUCUUGCGAAUCCUCAGAUUCGGACGCUGUCGCAGGAGGUGAAAGUCUCUCAGCCUUUGAUAGGUUGUUGCUGGAUUCACCGAGCACCAGUCGACUCGUGAAAUCUAAGAACUCAGCAAAUAAUGGCUCGGCAACGCCACUGAAACCCACUGGGCAGAAGUCCACUCCUUCCAAGUCCUCUGAUUCGUGGGCCAAGGGCAGCAGUCUUCCAUCAUUUGACCAGCUUUUGCAAGGCACCUCCAGCGCCCCUCAGCCACUGAAGACGACCUGCAGCUCAGACGAGCUAGCGUCAUCUGUUGUUCAUGGUAGCACCUCGGUUUGGGCAGACAUGCUUGGGGACUGUCCCAGUGCCGACCAUCCAGCUCAGAAAGAGGACACCUCGAACAUCGCAGCGACUUCUUUCGGAGAAGCGUCCGGUUCUGGAGAGGCACCUGGCGCCCGCCGUGCACCCAAGAAAAGCAGUGGAGAAGGCGACGGUGGAGCAGCCGGCGGGAGCACCAUAGGCGCCCUUCUCAGUACCACCCCCGCUGCCUCACGGUCGGACGGUGGCCGAUCGCUUCUGAAAGAGCUGCUGGCCGAUUGUCCGAGCGCCGAUGCAGAUCAGCUAACCCUGAAGAAGCUACUGGAGGACUGCCUCAGCGCGAGGCCUAGUCGAGGACGGGCAGCGGGAACGUCCGGGGCAGGUGGAGGCGGCAGUUCAGCGGGCGGCGGCCGUUCGGUUCUGAAGGAGUUGCUGGCGGACUGUCCCAGCGCCGAUCCGCGUCGUCUGCGUCUAAAGCAGCUGCUGGCGAAUUGUCCCAGCGCUGAUCCUGGUCGCCUGCGCCUGAAGGAGCUGCUUGCUGAUUGCCCCAGCGCCGACUCUGAACCAGAAGUGGUUGUGUUGGCCGAGACCCAAGGAGACCCUGGCAACCCCAGCUCGGGGAAUAAGAGCGGGACUACUGAUGACAAUCAGCCGCCUCCGCGCGACGAGAGAUGACCCAGUGUGCGGUGUUAGCUGCCGCCGCUGCUGGCUUCUGUGUAAUCUGUGGUUUAUUUCUGUGGAUUAACCGCCACUAUGGACUAAUCGCGAUAGUUCCGCUGGCCUGCUGCCGUGUCGGUGUCGCCGUGCCGUGCUUUCAGAGCUGGAUCAGCUCAAUGAGAAAUGUGGGUUGUAUGAAGAAGGAACUCUGAAGUGCAAGCGCAUUCUUUGAUGCUGUGUUGCCUAUCUUCUUUUGUAUAAAAUUCUUCAUUUUGUACCGUUUUUAUGUGCAUUGUAUCAUAAGCUCGGCCUAUGGAAAGCGGGUGCACACAUUGUAUUACUGUACAGAGCUUACCUUUGGUUGGUUUGCGCGUCCGAAAUGAAGCAACAUGCCAGUGACAGUUCGCUCUUCGGUCGUUCCAAGGGCAUUGUUUUCUUAUAGCUAUCGGCACUGUGUACUAGUGGUUAGUAUCAUCUCUUGCCUACGUUUUUUUUUUUUGUCGUUAGAUUGGACGUCAUUCGAUCAAGUUUUCUGUUUCGAAACGAUAACUUCGAGCCAUUGAACCAGUUGUGUUCUGUCAUUGUUUAUUCGCGGAUCUCAGCCUAUGGCAACUGUCGCGUGUUGAAACUGACCUGAAUUCCUUCCAAAAUUGUGUAGAUAACACGUGCCGUGAAGGAAUAGCUGCAAAACACUGCCAACCCCAAUCGUGUGUGCCUGUGAAAAUCAUGUUUGCUCUCGUGCCGGUGUGCCGAGAGCAGUGUGUGGGCGUGACGGCUUGGAGUGCGUUUUAUACCGAACGAUUUGUACCGAGACACCCGAAUAAAAGCCAACUCGGA